CGUGUAAAUUAGCUCGAAUUUUUCCACGAGAACCCACACCUGACUGUCUCUUUACUACUGGCUCAGAGCAAGCGAACAUCUUAUCGCUACAAAMAUUUUAGGAAACCGCAUUUAUCACAUUUCCAAAAUGCCUCUGAAAUUCGAGCUUUGUCCUGGCAGGAUGAUUGGGGGUUCUAACCCCUGUUUCAUUAUUGCAGAAAUUGGACAGAACCACCAGGGAGAUAUCGAAAUUGCCAAGAAAAUGAUCAAGAUGGCUAAGGACUGUGGGGCAGACUGCGCCAAGUUUCAGAAGAGUGAACUUGAGCACAAGUUCAACAAGCGUGCUCUGGAGCGUCCCUACACCUCCAAACAAUCCUGGGGAAAGACGUACGGAGAGCACAAGCGCCACCUUGAGUUCAGUCAUAUACAAUACGUAGAGCUUCAGAAUUAUGCAAAGGAGGUUGGAAUUUUCUUUACUGCUUCAGGAAUGGAUGAGAUGGCUGUGGAGUUCCUACACGAGCUUGAUGUGCCCUUCUUCAAAGUUGGUUCAGGGGACACCAACAACUUUCCCUAUCUGGAAAAGACUGCAAAAAAAGGUCGCCCCAUGGUGAUAUCCAGUGGGAUGCAGUCGAUGGAGACAAUGAGACGGGUMUACCAGACAGUCAAGAAACACAAUCAGAACUUCUGCAUCCUGCAGUGCACCAGUGCCUACCCAUUGGAGGCUGAAGAUGUCAACCUGCGUGUCAUCGCAGAAUACCAGAAGGAAUUCCCUGAUAUUCCCAUCGGAUAUUCCGGGCACGAGUCUGGGGUCCACAUCUCCGUGGCAGCAGUGGCGCUGGGGGCAAAGGUCAUUGAGCGUCACGUGACCCUGGACAAGAGCUGGAAGGGAAGUGACCACGAAGCUUCUCUGGAGCCCUCUGAGCUGACAGAGCUGGUGAAAGCCAUCCGAUUGGUGGAGAGGUCUCUGGGGACGAGCAUCAAGCAGAUGCUGCCCUGUGAGAAGCCAUGCCACGAUAAGCUGGGRAAAUCAGUGGUGGCCAAGGUGGCGAUCCCCAAAGGCACGGUGCUGAGUAUGGACAUGCUGGGGGUGAAGGUGGGCGAGCCGAAGGGCGUUCCCCCCGAGAACAUCUUCCAGCUGGUGGGCAAGUCCGUCACAGAGGAYGUGGAGGAGGACGAGAGUAUCACCCCAGACGUGGUCGAAAGCUAYGGCAAGAAGAUCAAGUGCUGAGUUGAGUAAUCACCCUUGUAACACCCUGGCAAUAGCCUACUGUAACCAUUGUAAUACCUUAACCACAAUAGCAAACAACACAAUGCACUUUUACAGGCUGUGAAAAGGUGGUUGUGGGAACAUCGAUAAUACAGAUAUUAUUUAGAGGCCUAGAAGUUUCAGUUGACGGGACAUGUUUUAUUUUUCUGGUUUCAUGUUGUUUUUUUUACUAGAUGGAAACAAACAUUCAAUGAAUCAGACUUGACUAMAAGUGCCUAGUUAAGAAGAGAAAAUACAAACUAUGUUCAGUAGUGACUGAAAUGAUURCGUUCUAAUUGAAUGUUUAACUGUUCAUGUAUAAAUGAAAUGGCCAUUUUUGUUAAAUUGCACAAUUGAUUGCACUACAAAAAUGUCAAAUACAAAAUGCCAAACACUAA